GGUAACCUCCAUAUCCAAAAGUGUUUUAUUUGUGUAAUUCUGUGUGACGUAAAACAACAACAACAAUAGCAACAAAAUACAAUGGCACUGGAUUUUGUAGCCACCUAUAAAGUUUUAGUUCUUGGUGAUUCCAAUGUCGGUAAAACUUGCAUCGUACACAGAUAUUGUGAUGAAAAAUACUAUGACACAUACAUCUCUACCAUUGGUAUCGAUUUUAAACAAAAACUUAUUAAUUUGGACGGUGUACCUAUAAAAUUGCAAAUUUGGGAUACAGCUGGUCAGGAAAGAUUUCGUACUUUAACUACAGCUUAUUAUAGAGGCGCCAUGGGUAUUUUACUGAUGUACGAUGUUACCAAUUUAGAAAGCUAUAAUAAUUUAUCGUAUUGGUUAAGAAAUAUACAAGAGAAUGCUUCACCGGAUGUGGUUAAAGUUUUGGCUGGUAAUAAAUGUGAAUGUUCGGCCACACAAAGAAUGGUUGAUAAAGAAAGAGGGGAAAAGAUUGCCGAAAAUUUUGAUAUGCCUUUCUUUGAGGUUUCAUGUAAGAAUAAUAUCAAUAUCGAAGAUGCUUUUCUAUCGUUGGCUCGCAAAAUUCGAGAACAAAGAGAAAGAAGGGGAGAAAAUUUUGACAAUGACGAUAAACCUCAAGAGAAGAAAUCGCCUGGUUCAAACGGUUUGGGUACUUUUAGUCUUGCCAGUUUAUCGGAAGCAAAUCGCUGUUCCUGUUAAAUUAAUUAAGCAUUAAGUAACAUAAACUUUCAAAUAUUUUUUUAAGCAAAUACUUAUAAUACACCUGCAAAGAUUAGAGGUAUACAAAUUAUGUCCAAAAUAUUAUGUUAGCAAGUUUUAUCAUGUUACAUGUAUUAUACGAUUAUAAAAUAAUGAAUAUUAGCAAAACCAAAAAAAAAUAUCUAAAUCUUCAAACGUACAGAUA